AUGACGAGCCUUCAUGAAACGCUUGACAGGUCGAUCACUAUCUACUAUACAAUCAUGGUGGAGUUUACAGUAUUUUGUAUGAUCGUGUCUUCAUUGCUAACCGACUUUAGAAACCAGAGACUGGCGUACGAAGCUUGGCUACCUUUCAACUGCUCUGCACCAAAUUAUUAUUACUAUUACAUCGCAUACGUUCAUCAGAUCAUCGCUCUGAUUGGUACGUCGCUUUUAAACGUGGCUUGUGACGUGACCAUUUGCGGAUUGUUCGUCCAUAUGUACAGCCAGCAAGAAAUAUUGAAGGAUAGAUUGAAGGAAAGCGUAAAUGUUGGAAAUAGGUUGAAUAUUGGAAAGAUCGUACAUUUUCACAAUUAUCUAUACGGGUUAGUUUGUGUCCAGUCUAAAAUGUCUCGAAGAAAAAAAUCGAAAAAAGAUGAUUCGAGAUAUCAUUGUAAAGGAGUAUUCAUAGAGAAGUUCAAGAAAAUAAUAGGUAUUCAAAUUUUAUCGAGUACUUUGGUAGUGUGCUUCAUUCUUUACGAAUUGGCGAACACGUCUUUGAUCAGCUCUAAAUUUCUGGAGUUCGUCCUAUAUUUGACGUGCAUGAUGACACAAAUCUUCGUUUAUUGCUGGUACGGGAAUCAGCUCAAAUUAAAGAGUGUCGAGGUUGUGGACACGAUUUUCGAGUUAGACUGGAUCACCCUUGACAACAGAAGCAAAAAAGGUUUGAUAAAUAUAAUGAGAAGAGCGAUGAAUCCGAUCGAGUUGACCUGCGCAUACAUCUUUACGAUGGAUUUAAGAACUUUCGUCAGCGUUGAGAAAAAGAGAAGAGAAACGAUGCAAUUGUUACGAACGAUAUAUCAUCUUUUGACGUCGUGCGCUUGUUGGCGACCACCGUUCUUAUCCCCAUUAAAAAACUUGGCAUAUACAGUUUACUAUUGCUAUGUGAUCCUAUUGAUAUACGGAGCCACGUUUUGCACAUUCGUCGAUUUGUUAUUAAUCGUGGAGACCGAGGAUGAGUUUUGCGACAAUUUUUACCUUACAUUGGCAAUUUUUAUCUCGUGCCACAAGAUGUACAGCAUGCUCGUCAACCGUGAAAAUAUCAUCCUCAUAACUAGCAUGCUGGAAAGCAAACCGUUCCAGCCUGAGACAGAGGAAGAGAUGAAUAUGCGAAACAAAUGCGACAAACAGGCCAGAUUGAACGCGAUUUGUUACGCAAUUCUAGUCGAAUUGUCAGUGAUGUCAUUGUCAUUCGGUGGCCUGCUCAAAGCUGAGAGUCACAAGCUACCGUAUCGAAUGUGGUUACCUUACAAUUACACCUCCUUAUCCGCAUAUACUUUCAUUUACACGCAACAAGUCGUAAGUCUGAUCGUUAGUGCUAUGAUACACGUCGCCUGCGACAGCUUCAUCUGGGCCUUGUUGAUGCACAUCUGCAACCAGAUCGAGAUUUUCAAUUGUCGGUUAAAAAAGAUCAAAGAUCACGAGAAGAAUGAAGUUACGAAAUUGUGCAUACAUUAUCAUAAUCUUAUAUAUCGAUUGGCUACCACGAUAAACGAACAGUUUAAAAUGGUGAUUUUCGUUCAAUUCACAGUGAGCACGUUAACGAUAUGCGUUAAUCUUUAUAUAUUAAUGGGAACACAAAUCACGUUCGAGAGGAUUAUGCAAUUGGCGAUAUACAGUAGCUGUAUGUUAACGCAAAUAUAUAUUUUCUGCUGGUACGGGAACGAAGUUAAGCUCAAGAGCCUCGAUAUUUCUGACAUGAUUUUCAAACUUGACUGGCCGGAUCUCGAUAAUACCACUAAACAUGACUUGUUGAUGAUCAUGAUGCGUGCAUCGUAUCCCAUCGAAAUGACUAGCGUUCAUGUGAUUACCAUGAAUCUCGAUUCAUUCGUGAUCCUAUUAAAAACUUCAUAUUCAGCGUACAAUCUGCUCCAAAGUAACAGAGAAUAGCGAAGGAUGUUCUCCACCAUGGCUUUGACUACUUUUAUAGGAUGAAACGUGAUUUACGACGAAGAGGAGUAAAAUAACUCGUUCGUAUAAACCAUUUAACGUUAUGAAAGAAAGUAGUGCAGAAAGAAUACAAUGAAUGAAACAAUAAAUGAUAUUCAAAAGCGGUAGGUU